UCGUGAUUCAAUCCAGAUUUUGUGAGAAUUAUGGAGCUUCGGGAUUUGGAGGAUGUGACGAAAAAGUUUGGCGUAUUUUUGGGUAAACUGGAAGAUGUCGGCAUUGUGAGAACGUAUCGAGUGGAAGUGUGGUUUAAUACGCUGCCUGAUGGAAGUCCUUUGUUCGCCAAGCCGGAUUUUCGAUUCGCUAUUCAAAAUCUCGUUGGAUCCAUUGAUUCCUGUACUGCGGCCAUUGUCAUACCGACCGUAGAAGCAGAGUUACUGGAACGCCAAGAAGUGACGACUUUGGAAUGCGAUGUACCGGAGCAACAAUCAUUGCUUCCCGAAGAACCCGUUUCAAACAUUCCUUUAAAAUCCGAACCGCAAUUAAUGGACGAGAUUUCAGCGAAACCCGCGGCGAGGAAAAUCCUCAAAAAGCGAUUGGGUUCAUUCUCCAAGGACGCCAAAUUCAAACGCCGUUUGAAGAAGAAACUGCAACCGAAAACGGAGCCGAACUCCGAUGGCAGCAGCUCAGCGUUCACGUGUUCUCAUUGCGGAAUGAAUUUCAGUCUCCUUGUUUUGUACAAUGCUCAUUUGCGCACAGAGCAUAAGAACGUGACGAAACUCGUCCCGGGAGCCAAAUGUGACAAGUGUGGUCAAAAGUUUUUGUCUGUGCGUGCUUUAGAAAACCAUUGUGAUUCCGUUCAUGGGACAGAUGAUCUUGACGGCCAAGCUGCAGGUACUAGCGGGCAUUGCGUGCAAAAAAAUGACGAAGAACCCGCCGUGGAAGAUGCUGCUGAAAAGCAUAGCAGCGAGGAAGAAAAUUCCAUUCCUGCGAAAGGUGCUUGUGUAGUUAAGGAGGAAAUCGUGGAGGUGGAUGUCCAAGCGCAAACCUUGGUGGAAAUCGAGGACUCAUCAUCUGAAAAACAAGAAAGGAGAAAUGAUGAAGCUUUGGUUGAAACUCACGAAGAACCGCCGCCUACAUUCCCUUGCAGUUUCUGCAACACGAGUUUCAUAGAUCUUCGUUCUGUUGACGAGCAUGAGCAACGCUGCGCCAUAUCAUCGAGCGGUUUGAAGAAACAGCCGUUUUUCAGUUGUCUGUCCUGUAACUUCGCGUUUUCUGCCAUCAACGCAUUUCGAGUGCACCAAUGCGCCGUUGCAGAAUUUAAGAAGAAGGAUGGAUUGCCUGUUUUGAUCGCUGAUAAAGAUUUGUUCGAUGAAAAUGCGUUGAAGCUGCUCCCGAAAUGUAUUUACGGAUGGAACAUUGGCCUGAUGGACGGCAAGAAGAAAUUCUUUUGCUCUUUGUGCUACGAGGAAUGUCGUAGCUACACUCGCAUGGCUUAUCACCUUUCCAAAUGCAAAGGUGGGCCGUUCAAGUGCGAGCUUUGCCCGGUCCAGCGUGAUUUUAGGCCGGAACUGGAUCUUCACAAAGCUAGAGCUCACAAGAAGGAAUUGGCGUUUUUCUGCGACGAAUGCUCGGCGACUUACGCGCGGAAGUCGUCCCUGUUGAAGCACAAGCUAGCGCAUCACGAGAGAUCCGUACGCGUCUUCUCCUGUCCGACUUGUGGAGUUGGGUUUGAGAAGUAUUCCUUUCUCAUCAAACACCGCGAGGAAGUUCACAAAGAGAAAAUUCUUUUUGACUGCGACAUAUGCAAGAAGUCGUUUGGAACUAAAGGAGCUGUAAGAUUACAUAAGAAGACAGUUCACAAAACUGACCAUGUGCAAGAGUUCGCUUGCAAAAGCUGUGAUAAAGUAUUCCGAAGGAAAGAUUAUUUGCUGAACCACAUGAAAUCUCAUUCAGGAAAGUCCCUCUUCACGUGUGCAACUUGUGGACGGCAAUAUACGAAGAAAGAGAAACUAUGUGAGCAUAUGAAUAAGCAUAGUUCAGGUGCUACAAUUCUGUGUGAGGUUUGCGGGUUGGAGUUCAUGCUGAGAAAGGAUCUGGUGGCCCAUAUAAAGGAAGCGCAUAGAGACGUUAAAGUUUCCGUCAAGUCAUGGAAAUAUGCCUUGCCCGAGCUUUCAGAUGGCAACGAAGCGGGAGAUCUUCUCUCUACGGCAGUUGCACUGGCAGACAUUUCCGAUCGGUUACGUACUUGAAUACAGUUUCGCGACAGCUACAGAAGAACCUUGAUUAUCCGGGUUAAUUACCAGGAUGAGAUACUAUCUCGAAUAAUUUCAAUUUUUAAAAUUUCAUCGGACGAGAAAAAACAGUGAUUUUUUUUAAUGACUAGACGUUUAACAUUAAAGCAUCUAAGUUUGCACCAUCCUGAAGUGGAACGCAUUUUCUAGAGGCUCUUCGUGAUUACUCAUCGCGUUUAUUGUGAGGAAAUAUUCGGAGAACAGUUCAUUUUUCAACUCCUGGUCGCACACUAAUGCUUAUGGUCGCAUACUAAUGAUUAAUGCUGAACUCAAUAUCACAUGAUUUUGAAAAUUUGAGUCGUCGGAUACGACUGCUCAAAUUUAAUUAGUUCAGCAGCUUUGUUCCCCUUGAUGAAAUUGGGGCUCAUUUCCCGGAACAUGGAUAAUUUAGGUUCUUGUGUGUGUGUGUACCUUGAAGGUACAGUGCGCGAAAUCGCGUCCCAGAGUUGUGUUCAAGAAACUUAUGUUUUGCGAGAAAAUUCGAAAUAUAUGAUCUAUUUUUUAUGCUGAA